GGUAAUGGGUGGGUGGGUCUUUCUUUUAGGGAUUUGAUGGGCAGCGGGGGAGUCGGAGCAGACGGAUACGAAUCUGCGAAAAGGCAGCGAAUGAUGGACCCAGGGACGUUCUUUUCAGCACAGGGAAUGGGGAUGGGAUAUCAGCCGCAAUUAGCUGCAUCAUUCUUUGUACCGCGGAUAUUUCCUGUAGUUAAAUUGCGUGGGCUGCCUUUCAAUUGCAAUGAGAAUGAUGUGAUUGAUUUCUUUGCGGGCCUGGAUGUCGUGGAUGUGCUUCUAGCACAUAAGGGGGGGAGGUUUUCCGGGGAGGCCUAUGUUGUGUUCGGAGCACCGAUGCAAGUAGACUUUGCUCUGCAGCGGAAUCGACAGAACAUGGGGCGGCGCUACAUUGAAGUGUUCCGCAGCAAGAAGACGGACUAUUACGCAGCGGUGGUUGCUGAAGUCUCUGAAUCUCAUUCGGACAACCAUCAUGCAAGUGUCCCCCUGGUUACGCAGCUGGCUGCUGGAGCUAUUAGCAGCAGGCCACCGGGUCCCGACAAGGACCAGUUGGAGCAUACCGGAGUGCUGAAGCUGCGCGGACUUCCAUUUUCCGCUUCGAAGAGAGACAUCAUGAACUUCUUCCAGGAGUUCGCACUCGUGGAGGAUAACAUUCACAUCGUAAUGCACAGUGAUGGUCGGUCGACGGGGGAGGCCUAUGUCGAUUUCUCGGGCCCAGAGGCUGCCAAGGCUGCCAUGUGCAAGGACCGGAUGACGCUGGGAAAUCGGUACAUUGAGCUGUUCCGCUCAUCUCGCGAGGAAGCCACACGAGAUGCAACGCGCAAUAAUAAGAUGUGAAACAUAUCCACGGAGAUGGGAAGUGGCGGCUGCUCUUGCUGAUGGUGUGAGGGUUUGGGAUAUCCGUAGGCAGAGCGGCGAUGUAUCUUUUUUUGACAUACAGGAACUGGGAAAAGGGGUGGGAGAGAGAGAGAGAGAGAGAGAGAGAGAGGGUUCCACAGAGUGGCAGACAGGCAUAUGGACGAGAAGACCGGCAGGCGUUCUGAUGGAUAUGCGGGUGGUAGGGCUGUUGCUCCUUGCCUGCCUCUUCUGUGCAGAAGAUGACGCUGAACCAUUGACUGACAUUUUUCCCCUUCUUCAUAAUGAUUAUUUUCUUCAAGUUGCAAGCAUGCUUUUAGCAGAUAGGAGUAUGGGCACUUAUUCCAGCACGCAUUGGAGGGGGGCUCCUACCAAAAACAGGAACAAAAAAACACAACGAAUGAAAGUUGCACUGAAAU